AUUGUUUAAACGUUUUAAAUAGAAUAGUUGAUUUAGUUCUCAAGCGUUAGCUGAGCUAUUUUAAAGCUUUCUUAAAGAUGUCUUUCCAUGCUGGCCGUGGAUGCCCGAGGGGUAGACUACCCGCUCCGGGUCAAAUAUAUCAUCCUGCUUCCCCACGAUAUCACUACGACCCUUCCGCUGCUCCCGGACCUGUCUAUAACCCCCAGGGCGGCAGCAGCUACAUGCCACCUCAUCCUGACUUCAUGUCGUUCCACUUCCCUCCACCAUCACAGGCUUCCAACACCCUGCCUCAGUGCCCCAUACGUCCACCAGUCUUCACAGAACCACCCCCUUUUCCACCACCUCCUCCUCACAGCUCAGAUGGCUCGACUCCAAUGCCGAUUCAGAACUCUUAUCCUUACAUGAUGCCCAAUAUCCCCCCUCCACCCCUGCCACCUAUGCCACCCUCAGUUCCACCCACUAUGCCCUACCCUCCAACAUACCCUAUGAGCUACCCUCCACAACCCCAGCUUCCCCCUCCACCCAGCUUCAACCCAGCUUAUGGUCAGCCUAGUGGUUCCUUCAAGCCUGAACGUUCCCGUCCACCACUUCACUACAAGACGGAUUCCUGUUCUCGUUCCCCUGAGAGACUUCGGCACCAUGAUGAUCACCGGCACAGGGGUCACAGUUAUAGCGAAUAUGGAAGCAGACACAACCGAGAGUUUGGAGGAGAGAAGCGGGACAGGGGGUGUAGUUCAGAACGGAGGCGUUCAGACAGUCCUCGGCGGUGUAAAUCCGACUAUGACCGAGGACGUGUGUCAUCGAGACACCGCAGCAGAGAACGCUAUCGGCACAGAGAUGAUCCAGGUUCACCCUCUUCAGACAGACAUCGUAAACACGCUCGCAAUCGCUCAGGCAGCCGAGAGAGAAAGCGCCGCCGUGUGGAAGAGGAUAAAGAGAGGAGAACUGAUGGAUCUUCAAGCAGUCGAGAAAGGUCUGUGAACUCCAGCAGGAGCAGAGAGGCUGAGGAGAUAACCAUCGACCGCCAUGAGGAGGACAGAGGACAGGAGGAGCUACACAAACCUGCUUGGAUCCGCUGCACACAUGCUGAGAACUACUACUCUAAUGAUCCCAUGGACCAAGUGGGCGACUCUACUGUCGUCGGAACCAGUAAGUUGAGAGAUCUGUACGAGCGUUUUGAGGAAGAACUUGGUAAGAGACAAGAGCGUGCCAAAUCCAUCAGGCCUAAAUGGGAACCACCCAAGACCAAACUGGACCAGGAUCAGGAUGAGAGUUCCAGUGAAUCUGAGUGUGAGUCUGAUGGAGGUGGUAGCACCUGCUCCAGCAGCUCUGACUCUGAGGUGUUUGAUGUCAUCGCUGAGAUCAAGAGGAAGAAAGCUCAUCCUGACCGCCUUCAUGACGAGCUGUGGUACAAUGACCCUGGACAGAUGAAUGACGGACCAUUAUGCAAGUGCAGUGCCAAAGCCAGAAGAACUGGAAUUCGACACAGUAUUUACCCUGGUGAACAGCCAGUAAAACAGUGUCGUCCAAUGAACAACAAUGCUGGAAAACUGUUCCAUUACAGAAUAACUGUGUCCCCACCCACCAAUUUCCUGACAGAUAGGCCAACGGUUAUUGAGUAUGAUGACCAUGAGUACCUGUUUGAGGGCUUUUCUUGCUUUUCACACACUCCGCUUACUAGUAUCCCUUUGUGUCGGGUUAUUCGCUUCAACAUUGAUUACACCAUCCACUUCAUAGAAGAGAUGGCACCUGAGAACUACUGUGUUAAAGGCCUGGAACUGUUUUCCUCAUACCUAUUUAAAGACAUCUUGGAGUUGUAUGAUUGGAAUCUCACAGAUCCUGAAGAAAAUUCUCCGUUAGGCUGUCAGAGGUUUCAUUUCAUGCCUCGGUUUGUUCGGUUCCUGCCAGAUGGAGGAAAGGAGGUGCUGUCAAUGCAUCAGGUGCUGCUGUAUCUCUUACACAGCAGCAAACCUCUGGUUCCCGAAGAGGAGAUUGCAAAUAUGCUUCAGUGGGAGGAGCUGGAGUGGCAGAAAUAUGCUGAGGAGUGCAAGGGCAUGAUCGUCACUAACCCUGGCAUGAAACCCAGCUCUGUGAGAAUCGACCAGUUGGACCGUGAGCAGUUCAACUCCAGUGUCAUUACUUUCCCCAUAAUUGUGCAUUUUGGUAUCCGACCUGCUCAGCUUAGCUACGCUGGAGACCCGCAGUAUCAAAAGUUGUGGAAGAGUUAUGUGAAGUUGCGACACCUGCUGGCCAACAGCCCAAAAGUUAAACAAAUUGACAAACAGAAGUUGAUGCAAAGAGAAGAAGCUCUCCAGAAGAUCAGGCAGAAGAAUACGAUGAGAAGGGAGGUCACAGUGGAACUCAGCAGUCAGGGUUUCUGGAAGACUGGCAUUCGUUCUGACGUCUGCCAGCACGCUAUGAUGCUUCCUGUUCUCACCCAUCACAUCCGCUAUCACCAGUGCCUGAUGCAUUUGGAUAAGCUGAUUGGUUACAUGUUUAAGGAACGAUGCUUGCUGCAGUUGGCAAUGACUCACCCCAGUCAUCAUCUUAAUUUUGGGAUGAAUCCUGACCAUGCUCGCAACUCUUUGUCCAACUGUGGGAUACGCCAGCCAAAAUAUGGAGACCGGAAAGUGCAUCAUAUGUACAUGAGGAAAAAAGGAAUUAACACCUUGAUCAAUAUAAUGUCACGACUGGGCCAGGAUGACCCAUCACCUUCCAGGAUCAAUCAUAAUGAGCGCUUGGAGUUUCUUGGAGAUGCAGUUGUUGAGUUUCUGACUAGUGUGCACCUCUACCACCUAUUUCCAAGCCUAGAGGAAGGAGGACUUGCCACAUAUCGCACAGCAAUCGUUCAGAACCAGCAUCUUGCCAUGCUUGCCAAGAAACUGGAGCUGGAUCGUUUCAUGCUAUAUGCCCACGGCCCUGAUCUGUGCAGAGAGUCAGAUCUCCGGCAUGCCAUGGCAAACUGUUUUGAAGCCCUGAUAGGGGCUGUUUACCUAGAAGGGGGUUUAGAAGAAGCCAAGGAUCUCUUUGGAAGACUGCUGUUUAACACUGAGGACAUGAGAGAAGUUUGGCUCAACUACCCACCUCAUCCUUUACAGGUGCAGGAGCCCCUGACUGACAGGCAGUUGAUUGAAUCCUCUCCGGUUCUGCAGAAACUCACUAAUUUUGAGGAUGCUAUCGGAGUGCUGUUUACUCAUGUACGUCUCCUAGCGAGGGCCUUCACUCUGCGGACAGUGGGCUUCAACCACCUCACACUAGGCCACAACCAGAGGAUGGAGUUUCUUGGAGACUCUAUCAUGCAGCUUGUGGCAACCGAAUAUCUCUUCAUCCACUUCCCAGACCAUCACGAAGGACAUUUGACACUCCUGCGCAGCUCAUUGGUAAAUAACCGGACUCAAGCGAAGGUUGCAGAAGAGUUGGGUAUGCAGGAAUUUGCCAUUACCAAUGACAAAACCAAACGACCAGUUGCCCUACGGACAAAGACUUUAGCAGAUUUGUUGGAGUCAUUUAUCGCAGCACUUUACAUAGAUAAAGACCUGGAAUUUGUGCACACAUUCAUGAACGUUUGCUUCUUCCCACGACUCAAGGAGUUCAUCUUGAACCAGGAUUGGAACGAUCCAAAAUCACAGCUGCAGCAGUGCUGUCUAACCCUGCGGACGGAAGGCAAAGAGCCAGAUAUUCCUUUAUACAAAACACUUCAAACUGUUGGACCCUCACAUGCCAGGACCUACACGGUGGCAGUGUAUUUUAAAGGUGAAAGGAUUGGCUGUGGAAAAGGACCAAGCAUUCAGCAAGCUGAGAUGGGGGCAGCCAUGGAUGCUCUGGAGAAAUAUAACUUUCCUCAGAUGGCUCAUCAGAAACGCUUCAUCGAAAGAAAGUACCGUCAAGAACUGAAGGAGAUGAGAAGAGAGCGAGAGAGACAGGAGAGAGAUAGUGAUGAAGGAUAGAACAGCAGAAAGUGGAGAAGGAAAAGCAUUUCUUAGGUAGAGUUGCAGGGAGUAAGUCAGACAACAGCAGGCAGAGGAAAGCAAGUAUGUUUUAAUUUUGUUGUUUUGUUGUUCUGUGUAUAAAUCUGUGUUUGUUUAAUCAAUUCAUAUUAAUAAGGUUUUAAAAGAUUAAAAUUUACAUUAACUAACCAUCA